AUGAAAAUGAUGAAAUAAGAAAUUAUGAAUAACAAUUAAUUGAAUAGCAAUAGUUUUAAGAAUAAAGAAAAGGAGUUGCACAUUAAAAAUAAAAAGAAGAUGAAGAAUAGACAUAAUUAAUUCGUAAAAAUAAGGAGAAGAAUAUCUCUAUAAAUAUAGAAGAGUGAAGCAACAAAAUAAAAUCUACAACAUUAGAAUUGGUCUCAUUUGAAUCAUUAAAAACUAUUAAUUGAGGAAAAAGUAAAAUCUUAUGUUAUUAAAUUAGAAACAUGAAACAUUAAAGAUAGAGAACGAUAUUAUCAAUAAUGCAAUAAAUUGGUAAUCUAUAGAAGGGGAGUUGAGAAAUAGAAAAGAGAAAUGCAAUAUAAUAUAAUUAAUUGUUGAAUAAUAAAUGAAGGAAUUGCAACAACAAAAAAAAGAGAAAGACUAAGAAUUCAAAUAAUUAAUAUGCAAGGGAUAUUUAGAAAUAUAAUUAUAAAUCAUAUCAUCUUCCAAAAACUUUCUAUUAUAUUAGGGAUUGCCAGGAAGAUAAAAUGCUUUGUAAGAUAUCUAUUGACAAAAAGGUUUUUAAUCCAAAGCUGAAUUGUAAGUAAAGGAAAGGUGAAAUAAAGAAGAUAAUGAAUACUUAACAAAAAGAUAGCUAUAGUAAAAGUAGAAGG